AUGGCCAAUAAUAGAUCAAACAGGCAGAAAAAUGCUUUGACGUGUAGAACAAACAGGUACUUGGGAAAACUUAAAUCGCAUGUACGUAAUAAGGCGAAACCAGAAGGUUCUAUUGCAGAAGGAUACCGUUUUGAAGAGAUUCUUACAUUUUGUUCAAGAUAUCUAGAAAACAUUGAGACUAGAUGGAAUCAACCUGGACGUGUAGAUGAUGACCCUAUUGGUGAUAUCCAAACAAGUUCACGUGUAGCAGAAUUAUUUCCUAGAGUUGGAAAACCUGUGGGUGGAUCUUCAUAUUACACCCUAACACCAAUUGAAAAGUUGCAGGCUCAUAGACACGUUUUAACGAAUUGUCCAAUAGUUGACGACUAUCUAAAGCAGUUCCGAAGUAUUACUCAAAACCAAAUGAGGCGCAGUCAAAGAAGUGCUGCUGAGAUAGACAAGAAGGUUCAUAAAGAGUUUUCUAAUUGGUUCCACAAUCGUAUUUGCAACAAUCUUGACAACCUUCAUGGACCCUAUAAAGAUGUUCUCAUUAGUCUUGCUCAUGGACCUGUUGAUAUAGUUAAAAGAUUUACUGCGUUCAAUGUCAAUGGAUUCAAAUUUCGAACGUUGGAACGAGAUAAUCUUUUAAAAACUCAAAACAGUGGAGUUUUUGGCAUGUUUGGAACACGAAGUUAUUCAAGAAAUAGUGAUACCCAGAUGAGAUUUGGAGGGGUACCUUACUAUGGAAGAUUAGUAGACAUUAUUGUGCUUUCCUAUGAUGGUUUCACAGUGCCCAUGUUUAAAUGUGAAUGGGCUAAUACCACAAACCCAAGAGGCAUUAAGAUAGAUAAGUUGGGUUUUACCUCUAUAAACUUUGCAAGACUACUACAUACUGGAGAACAUGAAGAUAAUGAGCCAUACAUUCAAGCGUCAGAAGCUCAGAUGGUUUUUUAUGUGGAUGAUGAGAGUGAACAAGGAUGGAGCAUACCUGUUCAUUUGAAGCCAAGAGACUUGUAUGACAUGGGUGGAAAUGAUGAAAUUAUGACACCCAUUGAGCCAUAUCCAUCACAAGAUUUGGAACAAAUUUUUUCGAAUGAUGAUCUUGGAACUUCAGCAGCAAAUGCUGACAAUAAUUAACAUAUAGUUUUUUAUUGAUAAGAAUUCUAAUUUGUUUGUAACUUGUGUGAGACUUAUGUUUUUGUUGCUUAUCCCUAAUUCAUGUAUGAGAUGACAUUGUUACUCUGUUUUUUUGUUGCUUAUCCCUAAUUAAUAUAUGAGGUGAAAUUGU